AUAUCUUGUGAAAUGGUGGUUUAUAUAUACAAAAUUUAAUCUAAUUUUGUUUCGAUGAUAAAUAUCCCGACAUAUUGUAUGUAAAACCCCGAAAAAACUUUACCAACAGUUAAAACCCUCGUUUGAAGUUUGCUCUCGUUUAGACUCCCAAGGUGUGGGCUAUUGGCUGGGAUACUGUUCCCCUUUUGAUCUUACCCGUUUAUUCAUCAAAAAUUAUCCUUUUCUUUUAAUCUGAACCGUUGCCUAUAAAGUUCUUAUCUAAAGAAGCUCUGUUUUGGUGAAAGUUGCAGAAGAACGUGUAAAGCUUAAGAAAAGUUUGAUUUCUGUGUUAUCAAAGAAGAGAGUUGGUAAUCUAAUCGGCAGUUAUGUCUGCAGCGAUGGAUAAAGCGAUGUUGGAGUUGUCGUUGGAUGAGGAGGAUCUACCUUUCGAGAUGCCAGAUCUUCCUGAGUUUAGUUCAACAGAGAGAAAUAAAAGAAGUUUGAUAGGAAGACUGCUCAAUCCUUCCUGUCAAAAGAUGUCAAGUCUGAUUCUAGAUAUGCCAAGAAAGUGGCAGAAGUAUAAUCGUGUUCGUGGUAUAGCCUUGUCUAGAGAGCGUUUUCAAUUUAUAUUCCAAAACGAGUAUGACUUGGAAGAUGUUCUGAGCAAGGGUCUUCACUCUUUCAAUGAAUGGUCUUUGGCUAUUGAGAGAUGGAUUGAGCAACCUCCGCCGGACUAUCUCCAGUUUGUUCUGCUUUGGGUUCAGAUUAGAAAUAUUCCGGUUAACUAUUAUACAAAAGAAGCUAUCACUGCGUUGGGUGAUCUUGUAGGAAGGGUGGUGACGGUAGCUUUUGAUCCUGAGAAGUCCCAAAUUCAGGAGUUUGUGAGAGUCCAGAUUAUGUUUAACGUGGCUAAUCCUUUGAAAAAAUGCAGAAUUAUCUCCUUCAAAAACAUUGGUCCUGUGGAGAUUUUCUAUUUCUAUGAAAGGGUCCAGAAGAGAUGUUAUCACUGUCAAAGAAUGACUCAUGAGAAAUCAGCUUGUCCAAUUUUGGAGAGGCAAAGGCAGAAUCAAGAUAUUUUAGAAAAGAUGGGAUUAGUUGAAGAUAGACCAAAAGCUAAACCUGUUCUUAUGGAGGGUGAUCCCCUGUUUGGGGUGUUGGAAGAGCAUCAGGUGGGGAUUCACCCCAUCCUUGGCCGUCCUAAGAUUGCAUCUGAAGUGUUAGAUGGUAUGCGUCAAUACCUAUUGGUAGCUGAGGGAGAAGAAAGGAGAAUUAGAGAGGAGAGAGUCAAAAAAUCAGUAAAAGAAGCAGAACUGAAUCCAGUUACUGAAAGAAUGGUUUUAAGACUUGAACCUCCUCCGGUUGUAACGAAAGAUCUUAACAGAGGAAAAGGGUUGGUGUUUGGGUUUGAGGCUGCAGAUGUCAACUCUAGUCUAUCUCAUUCGAUUCCUGGUGGUCAGAAACUCAUGGGAGCUGCAAUUGCUGCUGCUGGAGGUGUUAGUUCUUUAACUAAUCCUCGCUUAAUCAAUUAUGGAGCGGCUUCCACUUCUUCCUCUUCUGGAUUCUCCUUUUCUGGUAAUAGUUCAACGGCUAAUGUGACUGGUCUCUUUGAGGGUGGUCCUUCCGGAACUGUUAAGAAAAGUGGGAAGCCGAGGAGAAGACCUUAUGUUACGAAAAGAAAUCUCAGAGCAGUUGAGGAUUCGGCGAAGAAAUGGUCGACUGGUGAGGUUAUUGUGAAGCCUUCGGUGAAUGCAGAGAAAAGAAAAGAAUUUGAGGUUACUACAAAUGGAGGAAAGGUGGCAAGACAGAAGACUUUUGAGACGGUCCCUUCUGAGGGACCGUCUUCUUCCUGA